UAUGUCAUCAUACCCCAGAAAAAGUCAAUUGAAAGAUGACAAUUUUUUCGAUAUUACGUAAAUUCUACUAGAUUUACUUUUGUGAGGAUAUUUAUUUCAGUUUUGUGAUAAUGGUGGAAAAAGAGAUUGGUUCUUUUCUGUUUUUAUCCGGUAAAAGUUACUCGAGGUUGAUGAGACACCUUCAUCGAAAAGAAAUAGAAGAUGAGAAUAUGGUUCGAGAAAAAGCUUACAAAGAAGAAUUGAAGAAAAUUUCUAAUGAGAUGGCUGAACGGUGGCCUGAUUCUAUACAAAACAUCAAGCAUAGGGAGCAAGAACGCAGGGAAAUGAAAGAACACAUUUUAGAAGAAAUGAGAACAAAGCAAAUGGAAUAUUUUAAAGAAUUCCACAGGAAAGAGAGAGAACAGAUUCUUCAUGAUAUAAGACAAAGGAUGAAAAUGAAAAGAGCUCCAAACUCGUCUUUGUCUAAUGCACUGGUGGAAUCACAUAUUAGAGCAGAGAAUAAGGCCAAUAUCAAGUUGAAAAUGGAGAUAAAACGCGAAGAAGAAGAAAACGAAGCCAGAUGGGCUGAAUCAGUUCAUGAAGCCGUUAAAGAAUUCAAACAAAAUGAGGAGGAGAAGAAAUGUAUAGCAAGAGAAAAGUCUAAAUUGCUUCAAGCGUUCCAGUUGAAACAAAUUAAAGAUAAGAUGGACUCAGAAUUACAGGAAAGACAGAAAAGAAUGAAAGAGGAACAAGAAGAUUUGAAGAAAUUGGAACAAGAAAUCAAGGAUCGAAAGAAUAAUGAAAUAGAGGAUUUCAGAAAUCGUAAAAUGAGUGUGAAAAGAUAUAUGAGUGCUCUUUCGCAGAGAAAAGAAAGAGAGAAAAACAGUCAUCUUAAAGAAGAAGCAGAAAUGGAAGAAGUUUGUUCUAUAUACAACGAUUUUUAUACGAAAAGAGGAUGCUUUAUUCUGAAGCAGAAAAAACAGGAAAUUGAGGAAUUAAGAGAAGAGAAACACAAAAUGGGCAUUGCCAAUAUGCAAGUAGAGGAGUGCAAAGGAAUUGAGGAGAAUCGAAUUUAUUUGAAGCAAUAUGGAGAAGAAGAAAAUAAGUAUCAACAGAAAAAAGCUCAAGAAGAUGACAGAAAAAAGAAAAUGAUUGAAGAAAGAAAUUCGCUGUAUUCCGACUGCAUGACAAAAUCCCAGAAAAGAGACGAAGUAACUGAAGAAGUAAAAAGAUUCAGAUUGGCUGAACGUCUGAAAGACAUGGAAGAACACAGAAAAUACGAUGUAGAGAGAAGGAAGCAAAUUAGAGAAUCCGAAAUUGAUUUCACAAAGGAAUGGGAUAAGCAAAAAAUAUUGAGGAAAGAAUAUGCUCCAAAGAACACUCCUGAGAAGUUUGUGGAUUUUCAUGGAAUUGAAGAUGAAAGAUUUUUUGCUUAUGCAAAGGAUGUUCUGGACGAUGUUAAAAGGAAAGGGAUGGAAGAUUAUCCGAUCAAGAGAGAAAUGAAUAAAUACUCUAAGAAAAAUAAACUACCCAUGCAUCUAGAAGACAGUUUGGAAAAAAGAAAUAUUGCACAACCAACUCCAAUGAAUCAAGUGAAGCUGCCAAAAAUUUGAAGGAGUUCAGUAAAGAAGUCUCCAAAACGAUUAUAAAAAUUCAAUAAUACCCAACCUCAGAAACUUCAAUUUGUUGAAAAUAAUCUUUUUGUUCAAUUUUUUGUUAUGUUCAUCUAUAUUUAUAUUUAUAUACAGUUUACUCAUGUUUAAUAAUGCAUUAUAUAAAUAUAAACAAAACUUAUACAAA